GCAGAGGAGAGAAAUUGAAUGGCGCUGUUACGUGUGUGCCCAACCAUCACUCUUCCUCUCGUUUCUUCAAAACUUUCGUUUAGGACCAAAUUUGAAGUUCGAUGCUGUAACCUUCAACUGCAAGUGGAACCCAAUGACUCACGCAAGUUAGUUCUGGCAGUGAAGGAGAAGCUUGAAAAAGAACAUCAUAGCCUUCCUCUAGGUAGAAAUGGAAGGGAUGACGAAGAUAUGAUACUGUGGUUUCUGAAAGAUCGCAAGUUUUCUGUUGAAGAAGCUGUUUCAAAGUUGACUAAAGCCAUUAAAUGGCGUCAAGAUUUUGAGGUGUCUGAAUUGACUGAAGAAGCCGUUAAAAAUGUUGCUCAAACUGGAAAAGCGUAUGUACAUGACUUUCUAGAUAUCAAUGAAAGACCCGUGCUUGUGGUGGUUGCAUCAAAGCAUUUUCCUGAAGUAAGAGACCCUGCGGACGAUGAGAGGUUGUGUGUUUACUUGAUUGAGAAGGCACUAAGUAAGCUUCCAAUUGGGAAAGAGCAGAUACUUGGAAUAAUUGAUCUCAGAGGUUUUGGCACAGAAAAUGCCGAUAUUAAAUUCUUGACAUUCUUGUUUGAUGUAUUCUAUUAUUAUUAUCCCAAACGAUUGGGUGAAGUACUAUUUGUGGAUGCUCCUUUCGUGUUUAAGCCAAUUUGGCAGCUAGUCAAGCCCAUGUUAAAAUCAUAUGCUUCUAUGGUAAGAUUUUGCUCUGCCGAGACUGUUGGGAAGGAAUAUUUUACAGAUGAAACUUUGCCGUCAAACUUCAAAAAUUGAAAGGGCUUUCAAAGACCGAUGUGUGGAUUUGAUGACGGCAGCACCACAUUUAUUUAGUAGAAAAAUAGUUUCUUGCUUUUAAGAGCUAAUGAGUAUUCUGAGAGGAAUUUUAGAAGAGCCAUGCUGAUAAUUGGUAUAGGCAUCCGAUUUCCUUGUUUCUUCUUAUGCAUGAUAUGUAGGAAUGUGUGAGGAACUACUCUGGAUAUUGGAGAAUUAUGCUAGAGGUAAUACUGAAGACACAAGUUCAUAUUCCCAGAAGAUAGGUCUUGUUUCUGCCAUCCGACGAGCAAAAUUGCAUUUUCAGUUUAUUGCUUCUUUUUAGCAUUUUAUCUUAUAUUCUUACCAAUAUCUUUAUACAAGUGGUACAAAAUUGUGAUUUUGCUUACC